AUGAUCACAGAGUAUGCUCUGCCGAAGCUCUACCACAAGCUCCACUACUGCGUCGCCUGUGCGAUUCACAGCAAGGUGGUACGUAACAGAUCCCGAGAUGCUCGCAAGGACCGCAAUCCUCCUCCUCGUUUUGGCCAGCGUUCAGCUCAAGCCCGACCGGGAGUUCCUGGCGGACCACGUCCAUGA